AUGAAAGACAAACCGAAUUCGACUCGCAUUUAUGACGAGGAUGGAUUUCGCAGGCGAGCCGCUUGUAUAUGUGUGCGCAACGAUUCCGACGAGGUGUUGUUGGUGACUUCAUCUAGUAGACCUGAACAAUGGAUUGUACCCGUCGAAGAAGCUGGUGUUGUGGGCAGACUACACAGAAGACUUGGUACCUUUGAAGAUAGGACUCAUAUCAGACGGCAUAGAACAGAUGUGUUUGUUAUGAUUGUAACAGAAGAACUAGCUGAGUGGGAAGACUCUUUGGGCAUAGGUCGCAAACGCAAAUGGUUUAAAUUAGAAGAUGCACUGAAUAUGCUACGUCUACACAAACCCACUCAACACACGUACCUGGAAAGUUUUGCUCUCAAUAAACAAAAAGCAAACAUCUGA